UGUAUUGAGUAGUGAUAUAAUGUCCAACAUCGAUGAUCCCGGUAAACAUGUGUGGUCAAAUUCCUCAAGCUUCUUAAUUGCUAACGCAUCCUCUAAUUCCUUAAUGGGUGCUUUCUUUGAGCAUCAAAGCCUCCAUGGGAAGCAGAGCAGCCUUCAUGAGCUGAGGGAGGUGUGGUUGCGUGCUGCAUCGACGUUUCCACCACUGCAGACGGUGCUUGUGUGGGGGCGUCAGCUCGCCGCCCUCACCGGGGUGGAGGAGUCCAUCGUGUGGACCCUGCUUAGCAUGCUGCUCAUCCUUUUCGUCUACUACGUCGUUUUCCGCCCGGUCUUCGCCGCCAUUUUCCGCGGUCGCCGCGAUCUGAUUUUGCUGAUCGGUUUGCCAGCGAGCGGAAAGACGGCGCUGCUCUCGCAAAUCGCCUGCGGCUCCACACCUCCGACUCAGACCAGCAUCGAACCAAACCGGCUGGUGGUGGAUGUUAAGAAAGGCAAGCGAAGCGUUCAGCGCACGGUCGUUGAUUACCCCGGCAGCCACCGGCUGCGAAGCUCUCUGCCCGCGCUCCUGGAGAAGACCCAUAAGUUAGUUGUUGUGAUCGAUUCAGUAACGAUUCAUGAUGAUCUCCAUGAAGGUGCCCACACGCUUGCGGAUCUACUCGUGUUUGUGUUCCAAUCUCCCGCGUUUUCCGGGGUGAAAGGAGUGCUGUUUGCGUGCACAAAGAGGGAUGAGCUGACAAGCUAUUCCCUUAAAGCAAUUCAGAAGUUAUUGGAAGCGGCGAUGGCUAGGGCGCUAACAUCGCGGAAGGGCGAUCUAGGCCGCAUUGAUGAGGUGCUGGAUUCCAAAGGCCGAUCCGUUGCAAAGGCAUCGGGUCUCAAAUCUAAGAGCAAUGGGUGCGUGCUCCACGUAGAUGAGCGGGGUGCCUUUUCAUUUAAUCAGUUAGAAGUACCACACCGCUUUGUUGAGGUAAGCAGCUUCCCCAAUAAAGAGAUGCACGCAUUCAGUGCCCAACCUGUGCUUGAUUUUAUAAUCUAA